AGUUACAAACAAUCCUUCGUAUAGGAAAGAAGCACACUAAAAGAAUUGCACCGCAAAAGUCACGUUCGGAGUAGUUCGAUAAAAAAGAUGGUACCGUUCGUCUGCUUAUUAGUCGUAGGGUUAAGUGGGUCAGUCGUGUCGGCUCCAGUUUUAGGUCGAAGGGACCAAUAUUAUACAACCAAAUACGAUCACGUCGAUGUAGAGAUGAUUUUGAGUAAUAGAAGAUUGGUUUAUUAUUACACGGCGUGUAUACUCAAUAAAGGGCCGUGCUCGCCCGAAGGACUAGAAUUUAAAAAACUUAUACCGGACGCGUUACGAACCAAUUGCAAACGAUGUACAGAAAAACAAAAAAUCGCCACCGUUCAAGCCAUAAAAGGUUUGAUGAACAGAUACGAAACCGUCUGGGAACAACUAAAAGCCGAAUGGGACCCCGACGAUCUAUACGUAAAAAAAUUCCUCGAAACUCACGGCGACAGCGCCGCCGCCGUCGCCAAUCCGAACGUCAUUUCGAACAGAUUCGACAACGACGAUUCUUCCGAUCAAACACAAUCGUCGUCGAAUUCGACUACGACUCGAACCGAAUCAACUACGUCUGUUUACACUAAUGUAGGAAUAAAUUCGCGUCCAGUACCGGCUCUAGAUCCCGCAAUUGCGCCAUUGGCAAACUCGAUAGGAGAAAGCAUUAGAGCUACGGUAAGUUUUGGGAAUAACAUUGUUAAGAAGGUUAUUAAAGAUAUAGAAACAAUUGGUAAUACUGUUGUUACGACUGGAAAUCGUAUCGCCGGGAAUAUACGGAACGUUAUACGAGAAGCCGCAAGACCUCGAAAGAACGUUCAAAAUAUAUAAUUAUAAUUUUUCUAUUGUUAUUAAUUUUUUUUUUAUUUUUAUAUGUAUAUAUCAAUUUUUUUAAGGUAUUUACAGGAUACUAAUAAUAAAAUAUCUUGUAUUCUAGAUACUUUUUUAUUACCAACAUUAUAAAACUAAAAUAUUUGCGAAAAAAAAACUCAAUCCUUGUUAUUGGAAGUUUUAAUACUUCCCUCGUAACUAUCAUCCAACAUAAAUAGUCUCUCAAUACACUUUUGAUUUCGUCGAUAAUAUACGAGGUGUAAUCAAACAGUACUGUUUUUGAUUAACGAUAAAAUUAUUUCAACUUAUAAAUCUUCUUUUUUAAAUAAACGAAAAAUGUAUUAUUUUCGAAAAAAAAAAAACCUUCUAAAUGAGACAGAUAUAAUACGUCGUUUGCUCAUUUUGAUUCGUCUCCUAAUACCAGCACGAAAUUCAUAGUUGUCCCCCUUGAAACUAUACCUUUUUAUCUCAGAUCGAAUUUACUUUGUAUAUGAAACUUGUAUGAAAAAAAUCGAAUGUCAUAUUUUUUAAUCACACCUCGUAUGUAAAUAAAAUGUUGAAACUGA